AUGGGUAGAGAUACGAAUAACAACAUCUACCCUAUCGCGUGGGCUGUGGUAAAUGUUGAGAAUAAAGUUAAUUGGAAGUGGUUUCUUGACAUUCUCGUGGAUGACAUUGGAGGAGGAAAUGGUAGUCGGCUUACUAUCAUUUCAGAUGGACAUAAGGGACUGUUAGAAGCUGUGAAAGAAAGGAUUCCAGAAGCUGAGCAUAGGCAAUGUGUUAGGCACAUAUAUGCUAAUUUUAAGAAGAAGUUUGCUGAUGAACAUUACAGGAAAUUGUUUUGGGUUGCUGUAAAUAGUACCAUUGUACCACAGUUUGAAGAAGACGUGGAUGGAAUUAAGAAAUUAUACCCCAAUGCCUAUGAUCAUCUUAUUGAAAGGGAACCAAAAUCUUGGUCAAAGGCUUUCUUUGUAGAAGGGAGGAUCUGUGAUGCUAUGGAAAAUGGUGUCUCAAAAAGUUUUAAUAAUGCAAUCUGGGAUGCUAGAAGAAAGCCGAUCAUCACAAUGUUGGAAGAAAUAAGGAGGCAUUGGACACAAGAAAUCAAGUUGUCUAGGAAAAGGAAGGGGAAUUACAAAUGGAAGGGGAAGUACAACUGGAAAUGGAGUGGACAUGUACCCGUACAAGAGCCUAUACAAGAACCCGUUCAAGAAUAUGUACAAGAACCUGUUCAAGCUCCUGUUCAAGCUUCUAUUGAAGCUCCUGUUCAAGCUCCCAAAGCUUCAAGAAUUGGAAAGAUGCAUGUGCGAAAGAGGAAAGUUUCGGAACGUAUAACCAAUAUUGGUCUAAGUAAGAAAGUUUUCCCCAAAGGCGGGAUUGGUUGCAGUCAAAACAAGCCAGUAACUUUAGAAUGA